GAUUGAUCGUUCACUUCUUGCGAUCGUGUCCACGAUUCCCCGAACCGACACGGUGACGCAACACUCGCCUCACCUCGUGCUAGAACCGAUUACCCAGAACAAGAACUACUGUUCUGUUCUUUUCUUAAACCCCGAAACCCUAAUUCACGAGGUUCGCACAUUUACUGCCAGCUUCUGGUUCCUCGAGUGUGUGAGAUAGAGGUUUUGUAGCAUUUUUUUGUGCAGUGGGGGGCUAUGGGGACUAGGGCGCUUGGCAGAUUGGCCAAUUCUUCGCACUGGAAUCGAUCCCUUGCUUCUGCCUUGCUGGGAUCGCGUGAAUCGUCGUUUCGGUCGGGAAAGUCUCUGAGCUCGUCUUAUCCUGUGCUAGGGACUACUGCUGGGAUUUUCACCUCAACAGACGUGGUCACAAAUCAGUCAUCUUUUGGAAGGAUUUGGGUCUACUUGAUCUCAGGAGUUCUUUCAUGGGGUGGAAUACAUACUAGUUUGGCUGAGGAACUAAGUGCACGACCAUCAACUGCUGAUAAUAUGGAACAGGAAGUUCAACUUGUUGAAGACAGCCUACAAUCUUCAAACCAAGCUUCCAAUCCUCAUACUGCAAGAUGGAGGAUCUACACUGACAUGGGUCGCGACCUUUUCUCUCAGGGCCGUCUCGACGAGGCUGAGAAGUAUUUUGUACGAGCUUUGGAGGAAGCCAAGAAAGGCUUUGGAGAUCGAGAUCCUCAUGUUGCAUCCAGCUGCAAUAACCUGGCUGAGCUGUACCGCAUGAGAAAGGAGUAUGCCAAAGCAGAGCCUCUCUUUUUGGAGUCUGUGCAGAGGCUUGAACAAGCUUUGGGUCCUAUGCAUGAAAGUGUGGCGUUUGCGUUGCACAACCUUGCUGGGACUUACUUGCAGCAACACAAUUAUGAGCUGGCUCGGACAUGCUAUGAGCGCUCAUUGAAGAUUAAGGAAAGGAAGCUUGGACCUAAUCAUCCAGAGUACGCUAAUACGAUGUUUCAUUUGGCAGAGGUACUGCGGCUUCAGGGCAAUAACGUGGAUGCAGAGCAUCUGAUUCGUGAUUCUUUGAGAAUACUUGAGGAGGGUGGAGUUGGCCACUCGCAACAAGCUGUGCGACGUAUGAGCCGUCUUGCAGAAAUACUGGUCCACUCUGGCAAGUUGCAAGAGGCAGAAAUCCUCCAGCGCAAGAUUCUUCAUAUUCUUGAAAUGCUGCAGGGGCCUGAAAGUCUCAGCACAAUCACAGCAGUUGAUAAUUUGGCCACAACCUUACAAGCCUUACGGAAACUGGAUGAAGCUGAAGAACUCUUUCUGAGAUGUCUCCAAGUUCGACAGAAGGCGCUUUCUUCAACACACAUCCUGGUAGGAUCAACAUUGUUCAAAUUAGCAGUGGUCACUACCCAGCAGGCCGACGAAAUGGUGGCAGACAAAAGUCGUAGCGUGGAAGAAGCUCGAAUGGCAUAUGAGAGGGCUGAGGACAUGCUCCGUCAAGCAAUUAGAAUUGCAGAACAACGAUGGGAAGAAGCGUUAGGAGGAGUUGCAGCUGCAGACCAAGCUGCAUCUGCAAUGUUGGGCACUGACGUCAGUUUAGGCCCUAAAGCUCUCAACACACUUAUUCCACCUCUUCUGGCUCUUGUACGAUCGUUGAAUGCGCUUGGUAUUGUAGUUAUGCAUCUUGCUGAUUUAGCUGGUUCCCCUGUGGCUGCAAAGGAAAGGACUCAAGAGGCUGAACGUGUUCUACGCCACUGCUUGACAUUACUUGACAAGCCACCUGGAAUAGCACAGGACCUUGUUGAAGUUCCUGAGUUGCAGAGGGAAUAUGUGUCAUGCCUCCAUCAUCUAGCGGCACUGCUUGUGAGGACAAAAGACCAGGGCUCAAGUGAAAAUAACAAGUCAGCAGAGGAGCAAGCCGCAAGGCUGCUGAGUAGAGCAGAAGGUAUUGAAGCUUCCCAUGCAGCCCGAAUACAAGCAAAUCUUUCCAAUUGAGGGUAAAUGAAGUGAAAGCACUGCUUUAUGCCGCACUUCUUUGCGCAUGCCUUGAAACAAGUGCAAUUUUGGGAACUCUUUCUCGUUCAAUUUAUGAACAAAUUUUGGUUCCAAAGCUAGAAUUUUGAUCUAGUAAAUAAGGUUAAUAGUUCAGUAGCCCUUGUAGCUUCAAUAUUGCAACACACACAGGAAAGCACCCCACAAAGAAGCACAUGUUAUGCUGAUCCGAGGUUUAUCAUUACCUGUUGAGAGUUGUGGAAUGGAUGUCACAAGCUUUGAAACACAGGCUCGAGCAAACAUUUUCCAAUCUAGCCAUGGUGAACUGCUUCUUUUGCACUCAAA